CAUAUUCACGGCUGACAAAAGCAGAUCGUUUGAUUUUUCCUCCAACUGCUGCUUCCAAUUCUCUCUCUCUCUCUCUCUCUCUCUCUCCCGCGAGAGGCAGACGAAUACAUUGGCAAAUCACACACGAAUCUCUGUUCUCGUUUGUUUCAGCUUCAAUUUAUUGAUCUUACAAUUUUUUCAGUGGAAUGCUGAUGUUUUCCAGGAAAUAGUCGGAGGUUUCUUUCCGAGUGUCUGUUGUAGAAUAGAAAUUGAAUUCGGUUGAUUCACAAUCUUGUCUUUUCGUUGUUUUCAGUGUCCGAUACAGUUAAUUAGGGUUUCUCUUGUUCUUGGAUAGCAACUUCUGGUGAACCGAGUUGCUAAAUUGAGUAAUCUCGAAUUCCAACCGGUUGAUUCGGAAAUUAUAGAAUUUGUAUGGACUGGGUACAUCGGAUUGGUCGGAGUACUCUUUCGUUCCUUUGAUCUUCCGGUGGUCGGAAAAAUUAUCGACUCGUUUUUUGAAUCUGUUAAGUCCAGACGUUUUUGAUUCGUUGGUCUCGAGGUUGGUGCGAAGUUAGGGUUUUCUUUUGGUAUGAAAAAGCGGUUUUCGAUGAAUAUGAGUUGUUUCUAAGUGCGACAAUGGUAAAGCAGACGGUGAGAUCCAAAAUGCCUAACGUCAAACGCUGCGAAUUGGAGGAAAUGGAUAGCGAAGAAACGGAAGAUGAAUAUGAUCAUCUUGCUAAGAGUUUUACGAAGAAACAGAGAGGAGAAAUUGAGUUUGCUGCAAGUUCUUAUAACGAGGAUGGUUUUUUAGGCUACGAUAAUGCUGUUAAUUCGUGGUGCGAUGGAGUUCCGUAUAUCCCUGGUGAAUUGAAAUCGAAUUUGGGUUCAGUUUCGUUACUGAAAUCUUCGCUAGGCCGUGUUGCUGUUCGCCCUUUAAGGUUUACUGAUAACAAGAGUUUGAAAAAGCGUGGGAAUCCGUUUUCUGACAGGGAAUUAAUAUCUAAAAGACAGUGUCUCGAAACAGGGUAUCAGGGGGGUUUUAACAAUGCUGCAAGUCGAAUUUAUACCAGUUCACCUGGCUCUGCAACUUUAUUUGGUAAUACAGUUGAUAAAAGCCACGAAAGAGCCAUAGAGACGUUGAAGAAUGAAAAAAAGAAGGGUUUUUAUGGAGUUGAAGAUUUUGUUACCGGUGAUAUUGUUUGGGCAAAAUGCUCAAAUCGGUUCCCAGCUUGGCCGGCGAUUGUAAUUGACCCACUACAUGAAGCUCCUAAAUCUGUACUAAGGGCUUGUGUUCCCGGCACUCUUUGCGUCAUGUUUUAUGGUUAUUCAAAGAGAGGUCAAAGAGAUUAUGCAUGGGUGAAGGAUGGGAUGAUCUAUCCCUUUUUAGACUAUAUGGAAAGGUAUCGGGGACAGACUCAAUUAUAUGGCUGCAAGCCAGGUGAUUUUCGUAUGGCAAUAGAAGAAGCGUUCUUAGCAGAAAACGGCUACUUGGAUUCAGGCUAUACAGACAAGGAGGAAUGUUGUAGCAUUAAGAUCCCAAUGGCAACGAAUCAAGAGUCUUGGCGUCAUAAGCAGAAUGCCUAUAAUAAGAAGGAUACACAAGCUUGUGGCAGCUGUGGUUUGUUUUUUCCUUGUAAAACAAUGAAGAAAGCUAAGGGAAUAACCUCUCAACAGCUGGGUUUGUGCGAACACUGUUCAAAGUUACGGAAAUCAAGACAAUACUGUGGCAUUUGCAAGAAGAUCUGGCAUCAUUCUGAUGGUGGAGAUUGGAUAUGCUGCGAUGGUUGCAAUGUCUGGGUCCAUGCAGAAUGUGCCAAAGUUUCCAGCAAAAUCCUUAAGGAUCUGGAGGAGAUUGACUAUUACUGUCCAGAAUGCAAAGGGGAAUCCACUGUUGUAGAUAAAUCUGAAGUACAACUCAGAUGUUCAGAGAGUGUGUUGGCUGAGAAAAUAAGUGUCAUCUGUAGUGGCAUGGAAGGGAUUUACUAUCCAAAACUUCAUCUAGUUGAGUGUAAGUGUGGUUCAUGUGGAACAAGAAAGCAAAGCCUUGGUGAAUGGGAACGCCAUACUGGUUCUAGAGCAAAGAAGUGGAAGGUCAGCAUUAAAGUGAAGGGUUCAAUGUUACCACUGGAGAAGAUGCUUUCAGGGUGUAAUGUUAAUAGUGUCAAGGCUGCUUCAGCUGUAGUAGUAGCUUUAGAUGAAAAACAAUUGUUUUCAUUUCUUCAAGACAAGUAUGAGGCUGUGAAUGCAAAGUGGACGAGUGAACGCUGUGCUAUCUGUAGAUGGGAUGAGGACUAUGAGGUGAACAAAAUUAUUAUAUGCAACAGGUGUGAAAUAGCUGUGCAUCAAGAAUGCUAUGGGGUGAGAGACAUCCAUGAUUUCACAUCUUGGGUUUGUAGAGCAUGUGAAACGCCUCAAGUUGAAAGAGACUGUUGUCUCUGCCCUAUUAAAGGUGGUGCUUUGAAGCCAACUGACAUAGAGAGUUUAUGGGUUCAUGUGAUCUGUGCAUGGUUCCGGCCGGAGGUUGCUUUUGCAAGUGAUGAGAAAAUGGAGCCUGCAACUGGUCUGCUCCGGAUUCCACCUGAAUCUUUUGUCAAGGCAUGUGUUGUUUGCAAACAGGUUCAUGGUUCUUGUAUACAAUGUUGCAAGUGUGCUACUUAUUUUCAUGCAAUGUGUGCUUCAAGGGCUGGCUACUGUGUGGAGCUGCACUCAUCAGAGAAGGGCGGCAUAUAUAACACCAGAUGGACUCCAUACUGUGCUGUCCACAGAACCCCAGCAGAUACUGGCAUUGUAAUCAGGACGUCUUCUGAGGUUUUUCGUGCAAAGAGGUUGCAUCAGAAAGAGAAGGAGAGUUUUAGGGGUUCAAGGCUUCUGUUGAGGGAUCUUUCUGUCUCCCAUUCAUCAACCCCACAACCACAGCAUGAUAAUGACGAACCUGAACCAGAACCAGAACCAGAACCAGAACCACUCUCUGCUGCCAGGUGUCGCAUUUACAAAAGAUCAAGCACCAAGGUCAAGAAUGGUGUAAAGGAGGCAAUAUUCCAUCGGUUAAUGAGGCCGAUCCAGCAUUCAGUGGAUGAAAUAGACGGCUUAACCUCACACACAGAAGCGGAAGAUUUGAAUAACUUCUCUACAUUCAAGGAAAGACUUGACUGUUUGCAGAGCACAGAAAACCAGCGUGUCUGUUUUGGUAAAUCCGGCAUACAUGGAUGGGGCCUCUUUGCAAGGCGCAAGAUUCAAGAAGGAGAAAUGGUGCUUGAAUAUCGUGGUGAGCAGGUGAGGCGCAGUGUUGCAGAUUUGAGGGAGGUGCAGUAUCGUUCUCAAGCCAAGGAUUGCUAUCUCUUCAAGGUCAGUGAUGACAUUGUAAUUGAUGCCACAAAUAAAGGGAAUAUAGCACGAUUAAUCAAUCAUUCGUGCAUGCCAAAUUGCUAUGCUAGGAUAUUGAGUAUGGGUGCUGAUGAGAGCCGAAUAGUUCUUAUAGCCAAAACCAAUGUAUCUGCUGGCGAUGAGUUAACGUAUGACUACAAAUUUGAUCAAGAUGAGCAGGAUGAACUUAAAGUCCCUUGUUUAUGUAGGGCUGCCAAUUGUAGAAAUUUCAUGAAUUAGUUUCUUUUACACUGUUAACCAUUUUUUAUACACAACUACACAAGAGAGAGGCAGGCAUGCAUAUGCAUAUUAUUACAAGACCACCUUACACUUUUCCUGAUUAUCCCCUCGGAGAUGAAUUUACUACAACCGUGUAAAUCUAACAACCCUCUUUCUUGUUUUAGUUUGCUAGGCAAAUGAACACAGAUGAAUUUUCAACGUAUACUUGUCUAGGUGUGAGUCCAUUAAUCUUGUUGGUAUGAAAAAAGGAAUUUUAGUAAUGCGUUUGUUAUCAACGGGUAUUAUUAUUAUAUUGAUCUAUGAUGUAAUUUUAACUCACGUUUUACUACCAGGAUGAUUUUUUUACAUAUUGUUUUCAAGUUGGAUUUACCCUGUUCUGUUUAACUGUUCGUGAAAUUUCUAGCUUAAGAGUUGAGCCUCUCUUGGUGAUAAACUUUGACAUUUACUACAAGUAGGGUGCAAGAGGAUGAUUGUUACUAGGUCCGACUUCCAUCACCGGAGUAUGGAGGAGGGUUUGGUAUGAUGGACAAGCUGAGAUGAAGGAGGGUGCAACUAGGGCUUCAUGGGUUCAAUUGCAUGUAGUUCAAACACAUAGUUAGGGUUGCAUGCGCGUCAAUUGCAAUGGAUGAAUGAAGUCAAGGGUGGACUCAAGUGAACCGAAGGAAGCAUGGGAAUCAACAAAACGUUUUUGAUCACCUUGGAUCGAAGGAAGAUGUCCAAGACAAAUUCAAACCCACGUAUAUGUGACACUCGUUUUUGGAUAAAAUAUAAGUUAUAGUGUAACAUAAACUUGGAAUGUAAAAAUGUGUGCUUAAACUAAAAUGAUGUUUUGGAAGUGUGUGAUUCCGACAUAUAUUGCUAAAGAAACAUUUUCCAGAGUAAAGAGCUUAAUG